GGUGAUAUUCUUAGACUUCAAAGAUGGCUUAUGAGAUCUCUGUUCCUGAUGCGUAUAGGUAUAGGACGAUUUUCGAUCAACUUCAGCCAACCUAUGGGAAAUUAUCUGGGGAAAAAAUUAGAGAGGUAUUUUUAAAGUUUCAGUUACCAGUUGAAACUCUUGGAAAAAUAUGGGACCUUUCAGAUAUUGAUAAUGAUGGUAGUCUAGAUCAGAGCGAGUUCAUUGUUGCUAUGCAUUUGGUCCAUCAAUCACUGGAGGGUAAAAUAUUACCGGACAAACUACCAAAGAAUUUAGUUCCUCCUGACAAAGAACAUUAUUUUUCAAACUCUACGUCUAUUAAUAAUUCCAUGUUGUGUUUACCGCCUAUUACUAGUGAUGCUGAUUUUAAUUUAGCACUAGUCCCUGUGCAGUCUACAUCAGAAUUAAAUCCAAAACAGAGUACUGGAUAUUCAUCAGCGCUUGUAUCCGCUUUUCCAACCGGUGAAACAUUAACUACACAGUCAACUCAUACAACUCCCACUGUUUGGGCUCUGUCUGGUCAUCAACCUUAUCUUCAGUCGUAUAAUUUUCCAGAAUGGGCUAUUUCAGCAGACGAACAUGCAAAAAAUCUGAGAGUUUUUGCUGCCCUAGAUAUGGAUGCUGAUGGGUUAGUUUCAGGCCCUGAAGUGAGAGAUAUUCUGAUGCGAUCCGGUUUACCUCAAGAUAUUCUCGCUCAUAUAUGGGAGCUGGUUGAUAUACAAAAUACUGGUUUGUUAAACAGUGAACAGUUUACAGUGGCCAUGCAUUUGGCAACGGAACAGUUAUCUGCGGGCUUAUCUAAUCGUACCCUUCCUAAUGUACUUCCACCCGCUUUACUUCCACCAAGUUUGCGCCCUAUUCCUCCAGAUCCGUCUAUUUAUAAAGAAUCUAACAAACUAAUUGUAGAAAUAGAAGCAUUAAGCCGACCUAUUGGUCAAGUGAUUUCAUUUAAAGUAAAAUUCCUUAAUUUCAACAAACCUGAUGUGUAA